AAUUGUGACAAGACAAUGAGCGCGAAAGCAGCCAAUUUGUGCUACCGAAUUUUCUCAGUCUUGUGGAGUCUCUUGUGGUGAUGUGAAGUGAUUGAUCCAGAAUUGCGAGAGAAGAAGAAAAAAAAUGGUUCAGGAAUUUCUCGAAGACACUACCGGGGGGUCCAAUGGGACUGGGCGCAAUGUGGGGGAAAGCGAACCCGAAGAGGAGCAGAAAAUGCUGACGACAACAGAGGGAAAACCGAAAAUUGAACAAAUGGAUCUUGAAAUUGGUGAUAAGGAUAUUCCAGUGACGGAUGAAACAAGAUGUGGUUAUGGCUUCUGCACUGGUCCAUUGCUUCAAAAAUUUGCAAAUAAAAAGAUUUAUGUGCUACUCUUCGGCCUGGCAGGUGCUUUCUUCAACAGUAGCUUUGCCUAUUUCAACGGCACCAUUUCGACAAUUGAGAAACGCUUUAAGAUCCCCAGCAGAAAUUCGGGAUUCAUCUCUGUUGGCAAUGACAUUAGUCUUAUGCUUGUAUCCAUUUUGGUUACCUACUAUGCUGGGAAAGGUCACAAACCACGUUGGAUGGCAGCUGGAUUGUUUAUGCUUUCAGCUUUCUGCCUUCUUACAUCUCUGCCGCAUUUUAUCUAUGGCGGCGGAAGUGUUGAGUCAUUUACAGUUGAGCAUGGAUUUAAUCCAGAUGAGGAAGAACUCAAAAUUAUGAUGGAGCAGGAAAAGAAGAAAAUCCUCUGCAACGCAAACCUAAAGGAUGCGGUUAAAUGCGAAAUAGACGAAGGAAAUUGGGGUCCACAGAUUAUCUUCUUCUGCGCUCAGUUGAUAGCUGGCGUAGGGGCUGCUCUGUACUCCUCCCUGGGUACUGCCUACAUGGAUGACAAUGUUAAAAAGUCCAAAACACCGGCACUUAUGAGUCUCUCCUUCUUCAUUCGUAUGCUGGGUCCGGCUUUUGGUUAUGCUCUCGCAUCAUUCUCCGUGAACACCUUCGUCUCCCCAUCCCUCACACCGACGAUAACAAAAAGCGAUCCUCGGUGGAUUGGAGCCUGGUGGUUUGGAUGGUUCUUCCUUGGAGUGAUUCUCUUCUUCUUCGCCGCCAUCUUGUUUCUCUUUCCGCGUCAACUUCCACGUGCAGCCGAAAGACGACGCCUGGCAGCCAUUAGGCGGAAUGAAGGAAAAACUGCUGAUGGUGGGGAAGAUAUUAAUGCUGAUGAAAAUCUCCCAGCUAGCUUUACCGAUAUGGUAACAACGCUCAAGCGUCUCUUCAGCAAUAAAAUCUUCAUGAUGAACAAUUGCGCGAGCAUCUUCUACUUCUUUGGCUUUACGCCAUAUUGGAUCUUCACGCCUAAAUACAUGGAGUCGCAGUAUCAACAAACGGCAUCAGAUUCAAACCUGUACACGGGAAGUGUGGCAUUCGCCUUCACAGCGAUUGGGAUAUUGUCAUCGGGCUUCGUUGUGUCACGAUACAAGCCAAGUGCCAGGAAGAUGGCAGCGUGGAAUUGCUUUGUGGGCGCCAUCACCGCUCUCGGAUACUUGAGCUACACCCAAAUUGGUUGUGCAGCAAAUGACAAUGCCGUGGUGAUGAAUGAGAACCCCAUCGGUGGUAGCCUCACGUCGUGCAACUCCAACUGCCACUGUGACUAUGUGAAAUAUGCACCAGUCUGCGGGGAGGACAUGCACACGUACAUUUCCGCAUGUCAUGCCGGGUGCACAGAUCAAAUUGACACCGGACUCAACUCCACAUCCAAGCUUUUCACCAACUGCAGCUGCAUCCAAUCCGCCGGUGCAUCGGUGAAUUCCACGACAAUGGGGGGUUUUGGUGGAACGGCCACCUCAGGAGCAUGUCCAGUGGAUUGCAAGAGGGAAUUCCACAUGUUCCUCAUUGUUAUGUGCAUCCUCAAAUUUCUCGGCUCCACGGGCAUGGCGACGAAUUUUCUCAUUUGCAUCCGAUGCAUCGAUGAGAAGGACAAAACCAUCUCCCUGGGAAUUUCUUUCACAAUCACCAGCCUCUUCUCAUUCAUUCCCAGUCCCAUUAUUUUCGGGAUGAUCAUGGAUAGCACAUGUGUACUCUGGGGUAAAACGUGCUCUGGCACGGGCAAUUGUUGGCGCUACGAUGGACCAUCCCUUAGGUACUUUUUAAAUUCCGUCACAAGCUUGAGUAUUGCAGUAGCUGUGGUUUUCGACAUUAUUGUUUGGUACUACGUGCGAGACCUCGUGGUAUUCGAUGAGAAGGAAGAAAUAACAUCCGGUGGUGAAAAGGAAAAAUCAAACACACAGAAAUCAUGAGGCAAAAAAUAUCCAAUUUACUUCCCUAAAAUAGAUGUAAAAUAUUCUGUAAAAACGAAUAAAAAAUUUUUUGAAACAAA